AUUGGCUCCACCGCAGUGCACUUUGUCAAUAAGACAGCCAGGCAGGGAGGGAGCUAACCGGCCACCCGCAGGGGAACCAACCACAGCAGCUGCAGCGGCAGCAGAGUCAAUCGCACUCGAGAGAGUCCCAGCCUUGGUCCGACUGUCCAGAACUCCAGCCCUGGGAGCUCACUGCACUCUCAGCCACCAUGGAUGUCUUUAAGAAAGGUUUCUCCAUUGCUAAGGAGGGCGUGGUGGGGGCUGUGGAGAAGACCAAGCAGGGAGUCACUGAGGCAGCUGAGAAGACCAAGGAGGGGGUGAUGUAUGUGGGGACUAAAACCAAAGAGGGUGUGGUACAAAGUGUGACCUCAGUUGCGGAAAAGACCAAAGAACAGGCCAACAUGGUAAGUGAUGCCAUGGUGGCCAGUGUGAACACGGUGGCCAACAAGACAGUGGAGGAGGCUGAAAACAUUGUGGUGACCACUGGCAUCGUUCGGAAGGAGGAUUUGGUGCAUCCAGCUCCACCUGAGCAGGGGGCCCCAGAAGAUCAGCCAGCAGAAGUUACUGAGGAGGUUGAGGGCAGUGGAAACUAGCUGGAGGAACAUCCUGGAGCCGGGCCAAGGAUUGUGGAGCCAGUAGCUGACACUAACCUUCUCCCCUAUCACCUCCCUCUCCCAGAGCAGACGCUUUCUUGGACCCAGCUCCCUCCCUUCUCCCCUGUCCCUGACUGGAUGAACGCAUUCUGCUACAUGUGAAUAUCAGGUUCUGGAAUCUAUGUGUCGAGUAGCCCUGUGCUGGGUAUCUUCCUUCUACUCCUACCUGUGGCUUAAGCCUCCUUAGUCCCACCCUAGUCCGUCUGUCCAUCCAUCUGAGCAUCCUUGUUGCUGCUCCCUCCCUCCCUCUCUUCCCCCCUCCCUCCUUGUUUCUCUCUGUUCAAUUGGACUCCAUAGAUGCUGGGUGUGCUUUGUGUCUUUAUUUAUUUACAAAUGAUACCAAAAUAAAACUGUUUGAACCACG